AAAAAAAAAAAAAAAAAAAAAACUGCAGCUCAUGGGCGUUUGGGGGCAUUUAAUAUGUGGUGGAUGCGUCGUUGAUCCGAUCACCUGACAACCAGAGGAUCGAUAGGAGCCACGUCCUCUGAAGCAACAACCCGUGGGACACCUUGAUGCACCCGGGCAUUUUUCCUUUCUCUUUAGAGGGGGGCCAUCAGCAGGAGAGGGAGGACAUGGGCCUGAAUAUAAAGGCCAUUUAUUUAUGUAACCAUUUGGGCGCUCUGGCUCAUCCUUUAAGACCAGACAUAUUGUGAAAAUAGGUCAGACAGUCAAAAAAAAAAAAAAAGAAAGAAAAAUUCCAGCUGGCUGGAAAACAAAAAUACAGAGAACAUCCUAAAACACAUAGAUUAUUGCAAGAGUUUCAAAAAAAGAGAGAAAAAAGAAAACUUAUUGUGUUUGCAGCAGAAGAGGAGGCUGCACAAUGUAGGCCGGCUUGUCACCAGUGGGACUCCAUACUGUUCUCUGGGGGACCAUGGAGCCAGAAGGGCAACCUUUAACCCCAGGGACCAGCUAUGGGCCCCCGUCCUUCACCUCAGCACAAAACCCUGCCACCUUCCUCAACAGCACCUUAGAGUCUUCAUGUUCUCCAGAUCUGAGAGAUGGACUAAUGUCUGCCAAAUGUUCCUGGGGAGAUGGAGAUGAGGGCGACAAGCAGACCGAAGGCCCUCAGCCUGCUGCCGACCAGGGGAGGAGCGCACAGAGGAGAUUCAAGUCCUCAGCCUUUCCUUCCUCCCUGAGCUGGGACUCCGACUCCGAGAAAGAAACUCUGGAUGAGGAGGAGCUACAGAACUUUUCUAACCCUCACGGUCUGGCUGCACACAGCCCGGGAUCUCCUUCUUCUGGACUCAGACUUGAUAGCGAGGAUGACCAAGAAAAUGAAAAACUGCAGCACUUCUACGGUAAGACUGACACGUCUGACUCUGUGGAUGGGCACAGUGACAGCACAAAAACAGAGGAGCCAAAUACAUCUCAGCUUGGUCAAACAGAAUUGGCAGACAGCGAAGUCUGGAAUGUAUCUGAGGGAGCCGAGCCAUUUCUGUCCAAAGUAAAACCAAAGGAAGGUUGCCAAAUGGAGGAGGAGGCGGACAACAGGGAGGGAGAGAAAAGACCCAAGGCAAAGGAAACCAAGGAGCCCGAGAGAGAUGUGUACACCUUCCCUGGAGACUCGGACCCGGAGAGUCCCCCUCCGGCCCCAUGGGCUCAUUGCACAUUUAUUCAGCGGUGCAGAAAGAAAAGGGUGCUGCUCAGACCCUUCUCUGGACUUGGCACUUUGAAGCGCACUUCGCCUGAGACUGGCAAGUUGGCAACACAGAGUCCUUUAAAGUCAAGAACCGCUGAGAUGGCUCAGCUGAAUCAAGACAGAGGGGUGUAUGACUUUGAGGAAGCCAGCUUCGGAGAAGGUGCAGUGGAGCCGAUUAAGUUCAGAGACAGGGGUGGGAAAAGAGACAAAGGGGAAGAAGAUAGCGUGGUGGAGCCAGGAAAAGAAAUUUUCACCUGCGUGGAGUGCAGCAUUUACUUCAAAAAGCAGGUCCACCUGCAGGAGCACAUGGUUGAGCACUGCCAGAGUGGUGCCGGGGGCGGCAGGCGUUUCGGGAAGAGCAACCGUUUUCGGUGUAAUGAGUGCGGAUGGAACCUGCCAAAUCGAUUAGUGUUGGCAGAGCACCACAGAAAGCACCAGGAGUCCCGUCUGAAAAUCCUAGAGGAGAUUGAGAAACUGAAUGAAAAUGGGAAGGCCAAGGAAACGCUGGACAGUAAAGCAGUGAAGCUUAUUAGUGCAGAUGCUGUUGUGCAAGAUACAGGCCCCGUCUCAGUGCCAGUGCCAGACCCAGAAAUAACCAGAUCUCCUCCCCUGUCCCCAGCCCCGAUUUCAACACCCAACACAAACCCAGCAGUCCUUAAAUUGGACGCAACUCCUCCUCAUUCACUUCGAACCCCAGCACAAACUCGCGUUGUCUCCUACCGUCGCCGCUUUGUCUGCACCAAGUGCAACUUCAGCACAAGAACGUCCCAAGCACUAUCUAAUCACUCCAAGACCCACAACAGAAAAAAACCCACCAUCUCCACAAUAUCCUCUGGUUCUCCAUCAAGUUCGGCUUCUACUUCCCUGGCCUGUGGUCAUUGUGCCUUCCUGACCUCAUGUCAAACCAUACUGAGGGAACACCAGACACUGGUUCACCCAGAGCUAGAGUCAAUCAGUGGGCGACAGGAUGAAGAGACUAAUGUAGGUGCGCAAAGUUCAAAACCCCCUCUGGACUCUGAGCAUCUCUCUGAGUCUGGACUGCUGUGUGAUGCUGCUCAAGGCAAAAUCCAGCGAGGAAUCGCUGCCUCCGAGGAGAGCACAACCCCAAACAGCGCUGGAGCUCGACCUGCGAGCCAGAGACUCUUCAAGUCUCCAGGGAACCGAAGAUUCAGCAGAAGAGGGAAGAACUGGUCUCAUCUGGACAAGUUUGAUGCAUUGAUGGAUGAUGACAAGCUAGCUGAGAUCGAAGGGGACGAGACAGAUCGAGAUCAGAGCAGACAGCUUAACAAUGAGCUUUCCCAGCAAGAGGCAGCCUCGCCCGAGGAAGUUAAACCUCACACCAGAACACGAUCCACCACGGAUGACUGUUCACCACAGCAGAGUCCCACGUUGUCACCCACGCCUAAGAAGACUGUAAACGACGAAGACAAGCAGGAAGCGGAGAAGGAUGAAAGGGUUUUCUUUCUGAGGAGGAGCGCCAGGGUUACAGCCGCUCCCGCGGAAACUGACAGCGAUGAUGACGGCGACGACAUUGACGAGGAGCACGUGCGGCGCCUCCUGUCAGAGGGCAUCCUGGAUGAAGACAAAGACGAGGUCGACGAGGACACGGAGGCGCUGAGGAGCGUGGAGAGGAAAUGCCCCUACUGCCCCGAUCGAUUUCAUAACGGGAUCGGGCUUGCCAAUCACGUGAGGGGCCACCUGAACCGAGUGGGCGUCAGCUACAAUGUGCGUCACUUCAUAUCCCCCGAGGAGGUCAACGCGAUUGAGAAGAAGUUCUCCUAUCAGAAGAAGAAAAAGAAAGUUGCCAACUUUGACCCAGACACAUUCAGCGUGAUGCACUGUGAGUUCUGUAGCGCCGGCUUCGACACCCGGGCCGGCCUUUCCAGCCACGCCCGGGCCCACCUCCGCGACUUCGGCAUCACGAACUGGGACGUCACCAUCUCGCCAAUUCACAUCCUGAGGGAGCUGUUCUCCAGCCGCCCCGACCUCGUAAUCCCCACGGCACCCCCUCGGAGCACUCCCGAGGAAGACGAGGAGGCAGAUGAGGACGAAGAGGAGGAGGAGGAUGAGGAGGAGGAGGAGGAGGAUGAAGAGGGGAAAAACACAAAACAAGAAGGGGAGGGAAUUGUUGAAGUAAAGCUGGAAGGGGAGACGAGUGAAAGGAGUGUUUCUGAUGAAUUGCCUUCAGCACCUCUUCAACACUGGAAGAAGAAGGGUGAUGCAAACAAGAGUGAAGGUGAUGAUGAGGAGGCAGCCGAGGAGGAGGAGGACGACGACGACGAUGAUGAUGAUGAUGACGAUGAGGAGGAGCAGCUGCAGCAGCUUCUGGCGCUGGACGGUUUGAGCCCCAGUCCCGGGAAAACGAGGCUGUGCAGCGUGGACACCGACAGCCUCUCUCCUGGGGAGGAUGCGGACACCAAGGUCCACAACUUGAAGUGUGAGGUGUGCGAAGCUCGGUUUGAGACGAGGCGGGGACUCUCCAUCCACGCCCGCUCUCACUUGCGCCAGCUGGGCAUCAACAGUGGCCCCCCCGUCGACCUCCUCCGCCAGAUCGCCAAGGAGUGCGACGAAGGCGGCGAGCUAAGCCCGUCUCUCCUGGAGCCGCUCACGGCCGAGGAUUGCCCCCCGCGCGUCGUCCCGAAAGAUGAGGACCUAGAAGACAUGGAGUUUGACGAGAAACCCAUCCCUCUCUCCGUCCUGGCCAAAGCAGCGAAAGCCGUGCCGCCUUCCUCCCCUACGCCUUCUCCUGGUGCUUCUCCAGCUCCGGCUCACUCUGGAUCCCCUUCCUCAGUGGUGAAGAAAGCCCCCAUUUCUUCUCUGCUGCCCGUGUCUUCCCCCUUGCGCUCCUCCGAGCACAAGGCUGGGGGAAUGAAAAGCUUGACCUCUAACCUCUCUGCCCCGGCAACCAUCACAACCGCCAAACCCCUCUGGGCACCACAGGAGAAUGACGCUCCUCUCAACCUUACACUGGAGGUGGACGCCAACAAGGACAUUGUUUGUCAGCUAUGUGGUGCCUGGUUCGAGACCCGAAAAGGCUUAUCCAGCCACGCACGAGCCCACCUGCGGCACUUUGGGGUCGAGUACUCUGAAUCCAAGGGCUCUCCGAUCGACCUCCUGAACCAGCUCAUUGAUACCGAUGACUUCAAGCACAAAGCCAGUGCUCUGCAACUUGACAGCCACACAGAACCACGAGGCCUCAACAGCAACAACAACACCACCACCGCCACCACCAACACACUGUCCUCCCAGAAGCAAUCUCUGCUGACACUCUCCUCCUCUUCCUCCUCAUCACUCCUCUACAAGGUGACUACGACUGGGAGUGGGUCAACCUCCAGUGCUACCUCUUCCUCCGCCUCGUCUUUACUUGGCCCGCCCACCAAGCGUCUCAAGUCCUCUUCCAUGCAGGUCUUCCGCCUCAGUAGUGGGGAGCUCAUGGCCCUUCCGCACAGUGAACCUCCAAAAGAAAUAGGCUGUGAAUUCUGUGGGGAAUACUUUGAGAAUCGCAAAGGGCUUUCCAGCCAUGCCCGCUCCCACCUACGCCAGAUGGGCAUUACGGAGUGGUCCGUCAACGGUUCCCCAAUCGACACCUUGAGGGAGAUCAUCACAAGACGGGGUUUGCCGUGCGCCCUUCCUCUGAAACCUCACAAAACUCCACCUCCGUCAUCUCCGGGACCCCCCCGUUCCCCUUUGUCCGCCUCCUCGUCUCCUUCGGCCACCCUCCUGGGUCGGCUGCCCUUCACCUUUGUCCGCCCCUCCAGCCCGCACCAGUCUGCCGCGUCAAAGUCCAGCUCGGCGCCGUCUUCUAGCGGGCUGAUUCUCAAGCUGAAGCCUGAGCCGGUGCAGGUGGAGGUCACCACACCCGGCGCCUCGGGGAGGUCUGGAAGUUUUUCUCCCGAAUCGCUCAACUCUAACUGGAGCAGCUCUGACAAUGUGUUCCCGCUCAACUUUGCCAUGGCCCAUGAAGUGGAGCCCACGCGGGAUAUUCGCUGUGAAUUCUGUGGUGAAUAUUUCGAGAACCGCAAAGGCCUCUCCAGUCACGCCCGCUCCCACCUUCGGCAAAUGGGCAUUACCGAGUGGUCCGUCAACGGCUCGCCAAUCGACACUCUGAGGGAGGUGAUGCACAAGAGAGGGAUGGGCGGCUCCUCUCGCUCAGACCAGGGAGUGAAGAAGGAGUCGAGCCGAGGGGCCGGCAGUCCACUGUGGGAGCACACCAGCGGCACCAGCAGCUCAGACGGUUUUCCCGUUUCUGUUUACCAGUCCUCCAAAUUCCGUAAAUCUCCGCUCAAUUUGCUGCAGUCGGGAUCAAAGCACCAUAAGCAGGGCUUGGGGUCCGCGUCAUCUGCCCCACCUGCAGGGAAGUUUUUCAGGAUGUCUCCAUUGGGGAAGAGGCCUCUGUCUGAAGAGGUCCAGUCAGUGGAGGGUGCCAAAUCAUCGCCACAUCAGCUUAAGACUUUCUCAUCUCUUCCACAUGAUUUCUCCUACAAACGAAAGCCUUCCCCAGACAAGCAUGGGCACCAAGAUCCCAGUUGUGAACUUUGUGGCUUCUACUUUGAGAACCGUAAAGCUUUAGCCAGCCACGCACGAGCCCACCUGAGGCAGUUUGGCGUGACGGAGUGGUGUGUAAAUGGAUCACCGAUCGAGACGCUCAGCGCUUGGAUACGCAGCAAGCCGCAGAAGGUGCUGGAGAUGCACCGUAGCUACAUGCAGGGUAACCGCACUGCCCUCAAGAAGAAGGCCUCCUCUUCCUCCUCCUCCUCCUCCUCUCAGUGGUCUUCUUCUUUGGCUGUAAGCCUGGUGCGGCCGCUGAGCCGCGACGUCACCCAGGGCUCUUCCAGGACCGCAGAGGCUGACGCCGGCAACAACUUCCAGGACGCUCCGGUCAGGGGCGGUCGCAGCAGUCCUGGCCUCUCGCGGCUCGUUGGCGGGCUCCCUCUUCAAGCACAGGUGGCGCGCAGUGAGCUGAAUGUCCGCCUGCCCAGAGGUUUCGAGCGUCGGCCCUUGAAGCACCCGUCUUGUCCAGACGGGACAGAGAGGGACAGCGGGCCUCCUAAACCUCCACGCACAGGCACUGUCCCCGCCCUGGUGCCCAAACCGCCCUCGUACCCGCUGGUCAAACUGGUGGGAAAGUUCUACACCCUGAAGUGCCGUUUCUGUGAGGUAGAGUUCCACGGCCCGCUGUCGGUGCAGGAGGACUGGAUCAGACACCUCCAGCAGCACAUUCUCAAGAUGAACUACAACAAGUCGCCUGCUCCCAAAGCAGCAGCAGAAGCAGAAGCAGAAGCAGCAGCAGCAGCAGCAGCAACAGCAGCCGCCGCCAACGACGACCCGGCUCUGGUCCAGGCCUCCGCCCAAGCCUCCACCUCUACCUCCAGAACCACCUCUACCACGCCUGCCCUCGCCUCCACCCCGACCCGCACCACGGCCCCCAACAGCCGCUCCCCGACGCCUCCGGCCGAGCCCGCCGUCACUGCCACAGAGCUAGCGAAGGUCUCAGAGGAGCAGCUGACUCCCAUUCCCCUCCCCACACCGACCGCAUAAGCUCCAACCUCCACCCUUGUUUCUCUUUUCUAUUCGUCCACCUAUUCUAUAAAGCUGAAAGCAAGAGCAACUGGACAUGUUGAGCUUCGUGAAGAAGCUUCAUCCAAGUCGCCUUUACAGUUCUAAAAGCCCGGUGUGGAGUUGGGGUUUAAAUAGGAACAACUGUGGGUGUUUCUCAUCAGAAACUUGUAGACGAGGGUCUCCUAUUGGAUAAUUAGCACAUGGGUGAUUAUCUUUCAGCUGGCAACAAGUUAUUUAACCCCGACUGAUGCAACGAGUAACUUCUCAUUCCUUAAAUAACCACGUGGAAAGACACAUCCUGUGGUUGUGGAAGAGAUGUUGGUAGUAGAGAAGGGUCGGAUCAUUGGCAUCAAGGAGAGGAAACAUCUAAGGAGACUGAAGCAGAAACUACUAAAAUUGGGUUAAGAACUGUCCAACGCUGCAUUAUUAAAAACUGGAAGGGUAGCGGGGAACCGUCGUCUUCAAGAAAUGUGGUUGGAAAAAAGAAAUCUAGUAAUUCCUAGUCAUGCAAUAUUCACAGUUGUUCCUAUUUAAAAGCUCCUCACCAGUCUUUUAGAAAUGGAUUCUUGGAUGAAACAUCUUCAAGAAACUCUACAAGUCCAUCUGUUCUGGUUUUCAGUUGUUUUUUGUUUUUUUUGAUUGGGGGGGUGGGUGUAUACGAUGACGUGGAUGACUGAGAACCUGAACUCAUCCGCCAGUUUCUUUCCUUCGGCCUUCACAAAGUGUUGUUUAGGAGGAGCGCUCUCCCUCCAAAGAGCCCUCCGAGCCCGAAGCACCUUUGAAGCAGCUUCCUAGACUGUUACUAAGUCCCGUUACCGUGGGAAUGAAGCUCUUCUGGCUUAUCUGCGCACCGAGGAUGGGCGAUCGUGGGAACUGUCCGAGGUUACGAGUACAGAUGAACCAGUGUGUUUGCCUUGUUUAUACUGAAUGUCCAGAUGUGGACCGUUGCUGUACCGCUCCGAAUCAGUGGGCGAUUUAGGGGGUUAACGUAGCCCUUUAUGAAACUUUACCCCCCCCCUCCGCCCCCGUCCCGCACUUCCAUCUGUCGCCAAGACCUGUGAGACCAAUUCUUUUAGCUAGUAGCUUCAGCCUCUCACCAAAAGGUCCUGACUGCGAUUGAUUUCUAAUCAUGCUAGUCUUUAGACUUUAAACAUGUGAUAACACUUAGUGUUAAAAAAAAAAGGCACUUAGCACUUAAUGCCCAUUUAAUUGGGUCGACUAAUUCUGAUUGGUUAAAGGAGCAAGAAGUGGAAGCACACCCAAAAAGGGAAAAUGUAAUACUGUCCCCAAAUAUAUGUAAACAUUUAGCUUGAAUGUAGCUCAAAGCACCUAUUGAAACCUUAUAUGCACACAUUCGUACACAAUCAAACAAACUAACGUCCCAUCCUGCGAUGCAGCUGAAGGUCCAUGAUGUUCCGCCUCCGCGGCUUUUUAAUCUUGAACACCUGACCUGAAGUGAGGCCACAGCGAUCAAGGUUACACUUUUUCUUUUUUAGUUUUACAAUUCAGUGUCUUUGUCUUUUUUUUUUUCCCCUCAAAUGUAAUCCAAAUUAUUUAUUAAUUGUUUUGCAUCUUGAAUGUGGGCGCGGUGGUCGUUAAAAAGCUGACUUGGGAAUGUCUGAGAACAGUUUCAGCGGUGCGCUUUUUUCUUCCCCCCGUCAGCGCCACAUUGUGAGCGCGUGUCUGUGCGUCUCCAUACGCGACAAAAAACAAAAAAACAAAAACAAAAAAAAAAAUGUGCAUCUGUUUCCUGCUUCAAAGAAGUAAACCUGCUCGGUAGGAAGACGUCUCCUAAACACGGGAGCCGCUCUGUUCAGUAUUCUGAUCAGGACUUAUUUGCAUCCGUCGUCGUUUUAGGAUGUGCCAAAGAGUCUGUUUACUUCCUGGUCUUGCCUCUGUAAAAGCUGUUUACAUUGGACCUGAUGGUGGAGGAAACUCUGCACAGCUACCGAGUUUUCCCGCCCCCCACAUCCCCGUCGCCGCCCCCCCUCCUCCCACAGACACAGAACAAUGGACUGAACCCGCGGUGAUGUGCGUCCACUACAAGCACCGUUGACUUCUCCCACUUUUAAAGACUACUGGAGCAGCUUUCUUGGGAGUCGGUUAGAUUAAUUCCAGUUGAACACAAACCAAACUUGAUUCCAAGCAGGGCUCUUGAGAACUGUGGGCCCCCCUCCCGCCCCCAAUGUCCAAUACAGAAACACGUCUGACCUCGGGCUCCUGCAGCUGACGUCUGCGGCCUGUUUCUUUUUACGUUGCUUCAUAUCGACCGAGAACUGGAGCAGCAACUAAAGGGUCCACGAAGGCUGGCGACCUUUUAAAGUUUGUUCCAGUGUUUCCCAUGUUUCAAACAUGACUGUUGGUUCCAAACCCCUUUUACGGAGUAUAGACACAUACUAUAUAACUACAUGUACUUAAGAAGCUGUUGAUGCUAGUAGAGCUAUCAGCAGUUCUAUUAGCAAGGUAGUUGAAAAAUAAGUGAUCUUAAUUCCUCUAUCGUGAUUUGAUUUCAACAUUGUAUUUUUUAUUGCUCUGUGCAUUUCUGUAUUUGCAGUCCUGCAAGGUGAAUCUUUAGAGUAUUUUUUAUUUCAUUUUAUCUCUUUAGUCUCUCCAAGCUGAAACUUUUGGUGCUGGUGAGAAUGUCGGGCGGAUCGGGAGCCGGCGAGUAACUGAGCGUGAGCAGGGGGGGAAAAAAACUUUAAAAAAAAACAAAACAAAAAAAAAAAAAAAAAAAUUCAAUGUGAUUGUCACGUCCUGGUAUCAAAGGACUCUAAUAAGCAGGCCUUAAAGGGGACCACUCUGCAAAGUGAGACAUGAUCCUCCUCUCUCAUUCUCUCUCUUGUCUCUCUGCGUUGGCGGAGUAAUGUGGCCGGCACAUUUGAGCUCCCUUUUAAGAUUACCUGAUGAAGCCUCAGCCGGUGCAGCCGGCUGAUUCGUGUGUAUGUUUGUGUGACUGUGUAUGAGUGUGUUAAAAGACAAAACAGACAAAAAACAAACGACGGUAACUAAGAAGAGAACAAUGCAGUUGUGGGAAGAACUGUACUGUAUACACAAAGGGUUAAGUUUUAAGUGAAUCAACUCCAGAACAAACAAUAAAUGUGAUUUCAAUUUCA